AUGAGCCGUAUAGUCGACGGCACACCUACUUCCAUCUCGGCGUAUCCUUACAUGACGAACAUGCAGAGAAAUGUUUUGAGUAUCUGGUGGGCGCAAAGUUGCGGAGGAUCUCUCCUCACUAGAACCUCCGUGCUCUCCGCUGCUCACUGCUUCCACGGUGAUUUUGCUUGGCAAUGGCGCGCAGUCCUCGGCAGUUCUCUCUCAGACAGCGAAGACAUCGUGCACACACUCAACCGAGUUGUUCUACACCCGCAAUACGACCACAGUGCUCUGAACUUUGACGUAGCCAUCUUGCACUUCAACAACCCAGCCGUGUACUCUAACAACGUGCAGGCCGGUAGCAUCGCUGGAUCUAACUACCAGGUUGCAGAUGGCGCCACUGUCACUCAUAUCGGAUGGCGCAGACUAUGGGAUCAAGGGCCGACAUCCCAGCAGCUUAUGCGUGUCGACGUGAACAUCAUCAACCACCAACUUUGCACCGAACGUUACGCCUAUCUGAAGUCUCAGGAGAACUAUGGCUGGUUGCCCGACGUGACGAGCAACAUGCUCUGUGCUGGGGUCUUAAACGAGGGUGGUAGGGACGCCUGCGGGGGAGACUCCGGCGGUCCCCUGCUACACAACCAUGUUAUCAUCGGAAUAACCUCGUGGGGCUAUAGAUGCGCACAUCCCCUCUACCCGGGUGUGAAUGCUCGUGUUUCGUAUUUCUCUAACUGGAUUGUGGCCAACGCUUAGAUGCGGUAUUUUAUGAGCCAAUGUAUCUUUGUAUGUGUUAUGUGAUGGAGGCAAACAACUUUCUGCAUAUUGACUCACUCUAUGUUCCAAGACGCCUUUAAGUUUGUCAAGAAAUAUUCAUUUGAUUUAA